AUGGAGCGGCACAAUAACUGGAAGGGGUUGUUUGGGCGGCUGGACUGGGCGGGCAACUUCCCCACGUCUGUGACGGACCCCCAGCCAAUGGGGAAAGUGGGCAUGUGCUUUCACCCCGAGCAGGACCGCAUUGUCAGCGUGCGCGAGUGUGCGCGAUCGCAGGGCUUCCCCGACUGGUACCGCUUUGCUGGCAACAUUCAGGCCAAGCAUCGCCAGAUCGGCAACGCUGUCCCUCCACCUCUUGCCCUGGCUCUGGGCUUGCAGCUCAGGAAUGCUCUCUUGGAGACGAGGAAGAUGAAUGGAGCAGAAGUGGAGAGAGAGGGUAAGGAUGAGGCAAAGUAA